UUUUGGUCAUUAGCACCGAGCAACCCUGAGAUUGCAGGUUUGAUCACUAGCUUGCUGCCUGUUUUACUCGACUUUUCGCAAAAGAUUGCGCUAGUGGGCCGGCCUGACUGAUUAGGCGAGACGAUUCAGCCAGAAGCUUCGGUCUCGCUGAAUGCGAGAAACAGUCCUCACUCGCUUUUGCCUCAAAAAAGGAGAAAGAGUCACCCACGCACUCAUCGUCUCCCUCGUACAGCUCUGGAUCACUGUCGCCGCCAGGCCGCCGUUGGUCGAUUCCGGACAGCACCGAUUCUCCGCUGCCGCGGAGCUCUUCGCAGGGAUCCCCUCGCUCCCCUCGGCCUCCUCCACUGCGCCGAUUCAUCGCGCGCCUCUUCCUCGCACGGCCCCGGCUAACGCUAGACGUUGCGGCCGUCGCCGUGUCCUCGGCGCUACCCCUCUCCUAUCCCCUUUUCUUUGUUCUUUCUUCUCUCAUUUUUCUCAGCCAAUGCCGCCAUCUCGCAGGUCUCCGCCGGCGCUGCUCCUGGAGCUUCUUCGCCGCCUCCAUCGGAUCCGGCUGCUACCCCGUCGCCGUCUUCCUCGAAGCCCUCUAGCGCUGCCGGAACUUCCUUCGCCGUUUGCGCUAAAGAAACGAAAAGACAGACAGCGCCAUGCGUGCAUUCUAUUCCCUGCUCAGUCCAGAUAUGGGGUAUGGGGAAGGACGACCACUGCCAUCCACAAGGAGCUCAGAAGAGGAGCAUCAACGACAACUAGAGUCACCGCCGGUGACGAGCGGCGCUCCCGCUUUUUCUUAUAUUCCUUUUUUUACAAAAUAUAUUAGAGGGUGAAUGUAUUUGAAUAUAUGGAUGAAUGUAUAAAUAUUUGGAUGCAUGAAUGGAUUGUAUGAAUGAAUUUUUAAUCCAUAAA